AUGAUGCUGGUCCUCUCUCUGUUGGUUCUGGCUCUGGCUGCUGCGUCUCCUUCAGAUGGACAGAUGAAGCUUCAACGUGGCAACUGUCCUGAGUCCUGGUUCAGCUUCAGCGGUCGCUGCGUCAAGUAUUUUUCUUCACACGUGACCUGGGCUGAUGCAGAGCUGCACUGCGUGUCACAGAAGGCCAACCUGGUGUCCAUCCACAGUCUGGAAGAACACACUUUUGUCAAUUCCCUGAUCAAGAACUUUGAUCCUGCUCGGAGACAAACCUGGAUCGGACUCUCUGAUCGCCACAAGGAAAAAAGAUGGAUGUGGUCUGAUGGCUCUGCAGUGAAUUUUGUAUUUUGGACUGCAGGAGAACCAAACAACCUUCGGAAUGCUGAGCACUGUGUGCACACCAGCUUCAAGAGCGAGAAGAAAUGGAACGAUUGUCCCUGUUCUGGGCGUUAUCCGUUUGUUUGUGCCUCCCACAGUAAGUUCUUCUGUGGCAGCUAG